UGUUGUGAUCUCUCUUUCUCUCUUCUUCUUCUUCUUCUUCUUCUUCUUCCGUUGAUUUCUAGGUUCGAUUUUGUAUAUAAUCGGAGAGAAACGCGGAGAGAGAGAAAGGGGCGUUGAAAAGACGAAACUGACCUCCUCCUCAUCUCUCUUUGCCGUCUCUGCUCUCUGAAUCAUUAUCCGAGGAGACUCUGAUUGUUUGGACGGUGUCACCAUGAACGAGAAGGCCAACGUAUCUAAGGAGCUUAAUGGCAGGCACCGAAAGAUUCUGGAGGGGCUUCUUAAAUUGCCAGAAAAUAGGGAAUGUGCUGACUGCAAAACCAAAGGUCCAAGAUGGGCUAGCGUGAAUUUAGGCAUCUUUAUAUGCAUGCAAUGUUCUGGGGUCCACAGAAGUCUUGGGGUUCACAUUUCGAAGGUACGAUCUGCGACGUUGGAUACAUGGCUACCAGAGCAAGUUGCAUUUAUUCAAUCAAUGGGAAAUGAAAAGUCAAAUAGUUAUUGGGAAGCAGAGUUACCCCCAAACUAUGACAGAGUAGGGAUUGAGAAUUUCAUCCGUGCAAAGUAUGAAGAGAAGAGAUGGGUUUCCAAAGAUGGGAAGCCAAACUCCCUGCCUAGAGGGCAGGACGAAAGGGCUUCAGUGCAUUCGCAGAGACCUGGGGAAAGAAGUGGGCAUGGGUAUGCCAGCAAUCCAGAAAAUUCGUAUGAGGAAAGAAAAAACCUUCACACUCCAAAUGUAAAAGACAGUGUUCCUGCUACAAAAAUUAGCAUGCCUGCACCUCCCAGGGGACCCAAUCAGGUUGCUCCUGUAUCAAAGCCUCAACAAGCUGUUGAGACAACAGAUUCACUAGUGGCUCCAGCCGAGGUGACAAAGAAGGCUGCAGAUGCUGCUUCAGCUGUCUCUCACCCUAAAGUUGACUUAGCUACUGACCUUUUCAACAUGCUUUCCUUUGAUAGUCCUAGUGAAAAUGGCUCAGAGGCUGCUCCAACGGAUGAUAAUUCUUGGGCAGGCUUUCAGUCUGCCUCUGCUGAAGAUGCAUCACCUGCUGAAAAUGCUAGUCCAGCUAAAGCAGUUGAGAAUAAUACCCGGUCAACAUCUGCAAUUGAGGAUCUAUUUAAAGAUACACCACUAUUUACAACUACACCAGUUGCAGAGAAACCCCAAAAAGAUGUGAAAAAUGAUAUUAUGAGCCUUUUCGAGAAGUCGAAUAUGGUGUCACCUUUUUCCCUGCAUCAACAACAACUUGCUAUGCUGGCACAGCAACAGUCCCUUCUCAUGGCCGCUGCAGCGAAAUCUGCUGUUGGGGACCCGAAACUCUCUGGAAAAAUUCAACAACCUGGAUCCAAUGGUGUCAAUAUGCCUACUCAAAAUUGGCCAAACAUUGGCUACCAAAUUCCUGGAAUGAUGAUGCCAGUAGGUGGAACUGCUGAACUUCAGAAACUUAUGCAGGCAAGUAACAUGGGACAGGCAUAUUCAACGGGGACUUCUGUCGAAUUACCAACGUCCAGCUUUUACUCUAUGGGCCAAGUAACACAAAGUAAUGUUGUGGGAAAUAAUGCAGUCAAUGCGACUCAACCAGCACCACCAAUACUAUCUGCAUCUCCAUCUCCAUCACAGUCGGCGAAGGAUUAUGAUUUUUCCUCAUUGACACAAGGGUUCUUUUCAAAGCACUGAGUUGGCCUUGUCAUUGGUAUUACUGCCUUUCAUCAUACAAUACCAAAAUAGUUGUUGCAUGAAAAUCGCAUUUGGAAGUUUCUUUUCAAGUAUUUGGGAGCUGUAAACUAUUAUGUAGUGAGCAUUUACAGUUUUUCCUUUGAUGUUUGGGGUGGGUGAUGGUUCAUUUGUAAGAGUAGAUGGAGUAAUAAAGAUGGGGUAGGAAUUGUUGGGAUAAUUUUUUUCCCUUCUUAUUCUAGUUUCUUUGGCCAAAUUUUUUUUCCUUCUCAUUUGAUAUGUAUGCAUGUUUGAGCCAGUUGACUAUGCAUCAUGUAUGAAAAUGUGUAUUGAUUGCACCCAAAA